CGUUCAAAACAACAUUUGGCAGAUAAGGAAUAUUUAUAUAUACUCUGAAAGUGAAGAAAAUCCAAAAGACGAGCCAUAUUCUACACAAGAUACUUCUACAAGUGAAUUUCUAAUCUUCACAUCAACUUCUUCAUCAAGUAAAAUAUUCGUCGAGAAUGAAAAGUCUUUUUGUAAUUGUGGUAUUAUCUGCGACGAUCGCUGUAUCAUUAGGAUAUUCAAGCUGCACCAGUUCUCGACAGAAUCAAUUGAAGAAAGAAAAUCCAUACAUAAUUCACCAAUGCGACGAGAACGGCGAUUAUCUACCCCUGCAGCAAACCGUGGUCGCUCCUCACUGGAAAUGGUGUUUCGACAAGGACGGAGGAGUUCUGAUAGGUCCUUCAAAACAAAUCGAAACCUGUGUUUGUCACGUGAAGAAAGUUGCUUCUGAAGAAGCAGGUGAGCGUGUGCCCGAAUGCGAUGACAAAGGUUAUUUCUCUGUGGUGCAGAAGGAAGGCGCUAACAAAUGGUGCGUGGAUAGGAAUACAGGAGAAAAGACGUCCGANUUUAACAUAGCGAAGUAA